AUGGCGUCCAUGAGUAGCAGCUACCUCACGCCCCCACACACCAGUCCCGUAACACCCACCUCUCCAACGCCACAUGUCACCACAGCAGGCCCGUUAAUCGUUACCCAUCUCGCAACGACGAAUCCCACACUCCAAACAUGCUCACUCACGCACCCCGAACUCACCCCAGGCCCGGCACGCCUCCAGCAAGAUCUCCAUCUCUUGGCUCUCUUUCCCGACAACACAACUCUGCACUGGCGCCCUUCUUGGUUUCCACCAAAUACAUCCCCUCUAGGCGUAUGGACCCUCCACAACCCUCCCAACGUCGUAACAACACGGCUUCCGUACCUUCACGGCCGCGAGAGGUUCACGCGCCGUCCACGGCGUCCCGACGAUCCCGCGCCACUAUUCAUCAAGGACUGGAAAGCGUGGGAGACUUAUUGUGGAAAGAGCGGGAUACCUGUAGGUUUUUUGGGUGCGGCACAUAUGGAGCUUUUGCAAGUGGCCGCAGAGGAGUCUUCAAGGUCAGAGUUGAGGAGGAUGCAUGAAGCUGAAGGAGUACUUUAUCCCGAACCGCCGGUACGAGGCAGCUACAUGCUCGCCUCCGCAGCGUGUGAGACCCUUUUACCGCGCAAAUUCCGGAAACUAGUGGAAGGUGAAAGGGUCGUUGUUGACGCGGGCGGGAGGUUGAGAGUGGUAGUCAAGGAGGAGGAGAAAGACAGGGUGGGCCUAAGUAGGGGGUAUAGGUGGAGCUGUGUGCCAUGGACUAGCGAUAUGGAGGAAGACUGUCAGCCGUUGACAUUAAGAUUGAGGGGAUGGAAUGCGGAGAGAUGA